ACUAACAAUCUUCUUCUACACAGAUCCAGAACGGCAGAAAUUCCAAUCCCCGAAAAUAGUGGUGUCAAACUGUCAAUUGAGUCCAAGAUCCUAAAACUACAGAAACACACAUUUUAAAAGGCCUGAUUCUGAUAAGUCCCCCAAAAAACAAUUGAGAUAGGGCUGGUCCUAGAAGCCCUAAACAAAAAUUGGAAGUUGCUGCGCUGUGCAUCAUCUUCGACUCUUCGUCUGAUUCGUUGAAGACUCAGGUCGCUGUGCAUCCUUUCACACUCGUCGGAGUUGCUGUGCCUGUGCAUUGGAGUUGUUGUACAUUCUCGAUUUGUCGCCAACUCGCCAUUUCUGCCGGAGAAGACAUAAUCAGUGGACGACGCGGUGGUGGUGCUGAUUCUGAUUCUGGAGACACAGAUUACCAGUCUCUGAGAAAGAAGAAGAGAAACGAUAUCUUCAAAGGUGGGGAGGUAGGAGCCGCUGACACAGGUGCGAGCAACUGAAUAAUUCCGAUCAUGAAGGCACUCAGAGCAGAAUAUUGUUGAUUGGCCGUGAGUCAAGCGGUCAAAACUGUGGUCAUAUAUUCAACAUGUUAUAAAUGGUAGUUCCACAAUAGGCAUAAAUGCGCACAAAGCAAGCCAUGUGAGAUAUAUGAAUAUAAAUAUAUCCUAAAUGGGACAGGUAGAGAUGAAUGGAGGAAUAAGGAAGGAUGGAGGGAAUAUGAGAUACCCUUUGCCUUAGGAGAGGACACGUCAUCCAUGAUCUGCUACGAUCUUCGUUCUAUUAAGUUAUAUAGUAGAUUGCUAAAAAAGUCAACACAUUAGUUAAUAAUGGAAGAAAACAUUUGAACGCCACUGAAUUCGGAGCCUUCUUCCUUCUACAACUUCUGUUCCUCUGUUUCUCCAAUCAAAUUCAAGAAAAUGGUGAGAAACCAUUUAUCCAAGCGUGCAAACAAGUACCUCAGAAAGUUCAGAAAAUGGCCACAUUCUCCUUACAAAACUUCAUGGCACCACAAUUUUGCUGAAGAACAAGCCAUGGAAACCCUCAAAAGAGCAACACUUGAAUUGGGUUCCAACAACAACCACCCAUUUCUUCUUUCUACCCUUAUUGACUCUUUCAAGUCUUAUAGCUGUGACCCAACGCCAAAAGCUUACUUUUUUCUCAUCAAAACCUUAACACAACACUCCCAUUUUCAAGAUAUUCCACCUGUUCUUGACCACAUUGAGAACAUGGAGAGUUUUGAAACACCCGAGUUUAUGUUAAUGCACCUUAUUGGAUUCUAUUGUCAUGUUGGUAUGGUCCAAUAUGCUCUUGAUUUGUUUUACAGGAUCCCAAGGUUCAGGUGCACACCAACUGUUCGAUCAUUGAACCUGUUGCUUUCAUUGCUCUGUAGGAGGCCCAAGUGGAUUGGGAUGGUGCCGAAUGUACUGCUGAAGAGCCAGCACAUGAGCGUUCGCUUCGAGGAAUCCACGUUUCGGGUUUUGAUUAAGGCACUGUGUGGGAUGAAGAUGGUGGGUUAUGCUGUUAAGAUGAUGAAAAUUAUGAUUGAUGAUGGGUUUAGUUUGGAUGCGGAGAUAUGUUCUUCGAUAAUAUCUUCAAUGUGCAAACAAAGCGAUUUGACUGGCACAGAUGCUUUGGUUGUUUGGGGUGAUAUGAAGAAACUAGGAUUUUCACCUGGUGUAAUGGAUUAUACAAAUUUGAUGAGGUUCUUGGUGAAGGAAGGGAAGGUUAUGGAUGCUUUUGAGAUUCUGAAUCAGAUGAAAAAAGAUGGAAUCAAGCCGGACAGUGUUUGUUACACCAUUGUUAUGAAUGGAACUGUAAAAGAAGGUGAUUAUGUGAAGCUAGAUGAACUCUUUGAAGAAAUGCUGGUACUGGGGAUAAUCCCUGAUGUUUAUACUUAUAAUGUGUAUAUAAAUGGUUUAUGUAAGCAGAAUAAUUUAGACGACGCACUUAAGAUUAUUGCUUCUAUGGAAGACUUAGGUUGCGAACCAAAUGUUGUUACUUACAAUACUUUAUUGGGUGCAUUAUUUAUGGCUGAUGAUUUAAGUAAGGUUAGAGGAUUAGUGAAAGAGAUGAGAAUGAAGGGUAUUGAGAUGAACUUGCAUACAUAUAGGAUCAUUCUUGAUGGUUUUGUUGGUAAAGAUGAGAUUCAAGAAGCUUGUGUUUUGCUUGAGGAAAUGUUGGAGAAGUGUUUUUAUCCAAGAUCUUCUGCAUUUGAUGAUAUCAUAGUUCAGAUGUGCCGAAAGGGUUUGAUUACUGAAGCACUUGAACUGAUGAAGAAAAAUGCUGCAAAAAAUUUUAUUCCUGGUGCUAGAGCUUGGGAAGCAUUGCUUAAUUCAACUUCUGAACUUUCAUAUUCACAAGCAUCAUUUUCUGGCUUGUUGAGAACGCAAUAAUCUGUUAUAUGAUAAAAAUGUUCAAUGAUAUUUAUCAUA